AUGAAGAUAUCUAGGAAAAAACGUUGUAAAAAAUCAAUUUCAAUUUACAAACACUUGUUUAACAUCAAGCCUCCUUACAAGGUUUUAGUUGACCGAUCAUUGACUUCUGAUGCCCUGGAUAAUAAAAUAUAUCUUAAGGAACAAAUACCAAUUUUGUUAAAUGACAAAUCCUAUUUAUAUUCUACUCGGUGCGUUCUGAAUGGUUUGCAACAGAAAAAUCAACAAAAUCUUGUAUCAUCCGCCAUUCGUAGAUAUAGAAUGCAUAAAUGUAACCAUGAUGAUACCCAUAUCACUCCCAAUGAUUGCAUACUAAGCACUAUUGGCAAUGGAAAUUCCGAAGGGUUUAUUGUUGCCACUAAUGACCAAAGACUAAUUAUAAAAUUGAGGCAAAGGGGCGUACCUGUUAUUAGGCUUGUGAAAAAUGUAUUGGUUUUAGACAAGCCUUCAAGAUAUAUACUAUCGCAAAAGACGCAUGUUGACAGGCUCAAAUUGCUUAAUGAAGUAAAACAACAAUCUAUGGAAAUUAAGGUUAAGAAAAGGAAGAAAAAAGAACCAAAUCCACUUAGUUGUUUGAAAAAAAAGAAGAAAACUGUUUCGAAAAUUAAAAAAGUUAGUAGCGAUGGGGGGGGUAAACGAAGAAGAUUCAAAAAAAUAAAAUUAAACACUGAAGAUAGCUUUAAAUCAACUAUGUAA